AUGGCUUGGUUCAGUGUAAAUCUCAGUAACAGUAACAUCACUUUGGAGGGGGAUGAGCCGCGAGAUGAGAACUUGGCUAAAGUGGAAAUAAGUCUCCUGUCCAUCAUCUUCUUCACUUCAGGAAUCCUAAACUUCGGGCUCCUGUUGGUGCUGUGCAAGCGGAGGAAACAGCUCUCUAGGAUGCGCGUCUUCGUUUUCCAUCUGUGCGUCGCCGACCUGGUGGUCACAUUCUUCCAAGUGUGUCCCCAACUCAUGUGGGACAUCACUGACAGAUUCCUCGGUCCAGAUGUAUUGUGUCGCGUAGUGAAGUACCUGCAGGUGGUCGGGAUGUUUGCCUCCACUUAUAUGAUAGUAGUCAUGACGAUAGACCGAUAUCAAGCCGUCUGCAAACCCAUGGUGACGUUCCGGAGGCGCAGGGCGCGCUGGAACGGUCCGGUGUGCGCCGCCUGGUGCGUCGCUCUCAUCGGCAGCCUCCCGCAGAUCUUUAUCUUCUCUCGGGUCGAGGUCGCUCCCGGUGUGCACGACUGCUGGGCGCAGUUCAUCAAGCCGUGGGGACUGAGAGCCUACGUGACCUGGACGACUCUGGUGAUAUUUGUCCUGCCCGUACUCACGGUGAUUGUGUGCCAAGUGCGCAUCUGCCGCACCGUGCACAUUAACUUUCACAUGAAGACGCAACACGUCGGAGAGGCGGCCAGUAAGCCACUGUCCUCAAGAGCCAGCAGCGUGGCGGGGGUGUCCAAGGCGAGGGUGAAGACGGUGAAGAUGACCGUGGUCAUCGUGCUUGUUUACAUCAUCUGCUGGGCGCCUUUCUUCACCGUCCAGCUUUGGUCUGUCUGGGACACCGAGGCGCCCACUCAGACUGCAACCUUCACCAUCUUGAUGCUGCUGGCCAGUCUGAACAGCUGUGCGAACCCAUGCAUCUACAUGCUGUUCAGCGGGAAGCUGCCCAAGAGACUGAUGUGUGUGGGUCAGCCCGAUGUGCAGGAGUCCAUUCAGGAGGAGGCAACCAUGGUCAGCUCCCUGUACAUCAGCCUCAAGAGCCUGUCAGACUGCAGAUGA